UAAUGGUUGGCGCCGAGGGAAGAGAGGAGAGGAGUCCUAAUCUUAAAACAAAACCCGCCGGAACUAACGGAAUUAAGAUGGGUUAACCACCGCCGUUGUCAACUUCAAUCCAACUAAAAUUCUCCAGUGAAGUGGACGCGAAUUCCCCUACGGAGGUUUCAGCGGCGGCGCUACAGCGACCAUGGACGGAGAACACGGCGGCGAGCGGCUGGUUGUGCAAGGUAGAGCGGAGAUUGACACUAGAGCUCCGUUCAAGUCCGUUAAAGAGGCCGUCACGUUGUUCGGAGAAAGAAUUUUGGUGGGGGAAAUUUAUGCCAAGAAAAUGAAGGAAAGGGUGGAUGUGGGAGAAUCACAAACAAAGCAAAAUGAAGAGAACAAUCUACUAGCUUUCUGCCUUCAAUCUCUCAAAGACGAGCUCGAACGCACCAAGCAAGAACUCAAACAACUCAAAUCAACCGAACAUGAAAAAUUGCACCACGAGCAUCCUCUUUCACCAAUAAUGGCAAUCCAUCACGACGUCGACAAAGAUCCAAAAUUCGUACAAAAUAAAAAAGAAAACAACACGAACAUGUUGCAGAAAAAGAGAAGCGUAAAAUUUGCGGUCCCUCUUGAAUUGAACCGAAACAUAUCUGUGAAAUAUGAGUCCAUGGCCCAAAAGUCAUCAUUGUCUCCGCCUUCGACUAAGAAGCCGAAGAAAAAAACUUUAGCCUAUUUGAUUGGACGAUUUUUCACCAAAAAGAAGAAAAAUCAUCAAUAAGCUUCAUUGUUGUGAUUAUUUUGAUUUAUGGCUUUAGCCGAUUAAUUAGGCAUGCGAAUUUGAUACGGGUCUUGCAUGUUUUUUUUUUUUUU